AUGGGUAUCUCUCUGCUUCUCUUCGCACUGCUCUCCAUUUUCUCCCACUGCUCAGCUCAGUGGUGUUACCAGACCCAGUACUCCUGUGAUGACAGAUGCAAAGACCCCAGCCGCUGGUCAGAGCAGUUCCCAAGCUGUGGAGGGGAUCGGCAGUCACCAAUUAACAUCGUGACCAGCCGUGUGCAGACCAAUAGCAGCCUUGCACCCUUCCAUUUCCAUGCAUACAAUGGUACCUUUAACAUCUCUGCGGAGAACAUGGGACACUCUGUUCACUUUGACCUACCAGGGAAGGUGCAGGUGAGUGGAGGGGGCUUGCCGGACCGGUACCGGGCAGUCCAGUUCCAUCUCCAUUGGGGUAUGGAAGGAGGACUUGGGUCAGAACACACCAUAGAUGGAGAGAGGUAUCCCAUGGAGCUGCACAUUGUCCACGUCAAAGAGAUCUACGCUUCUUUGGAGGAGGCAGCGCACGAUCCCUCAGGCGUGGUGGUGCUCGCCUUCUUAUUCGAGGAGUCCAGUAAUGAUCAACCUCACAUCAACACACUGAUAGAGGCACUGGGGAAAGUCAGGCAAAAUGGAACCAGUAGCCUUGUCACAGGGUUCCGACUCAGUGACAUCAUACCCUGCGCUAAGACCCUCCACAGUUACUAUCGCUACGUGGGCUCCAUGACGACACCAGGCUGUGAUCAGGCAGUGGUCUGGACUCUGUUUCACCAGACCCUCCUCAUUAGCCACAGCCAGUUGGUGUCUGUAGCCCAGCAGUGUCAGUUCUGGACUGGCCAGUCAAUGCAUGGAAUCUUCCGGCCUGUCCAGCGGCUGAAUGGACGGACUGUGUACAGGUCGAGUGCCAGCCUUGCUGUGCCUCGUCUGAGCAGCACUGGCCUGUGUGUUCUGUGUGUACUGGGGGCUCUGGGGGUUCUCUACUGAGAUGGAAGCUAACUUGCUAAAAAGUACUCUAGUCCUCAACCUUAAAACUUCACUAAUAAGUGUGACUGUAGGAUAAUGGGAUGAUUGUCUGUGAGGCACUUUGUUCUUUCUUAUUUAACAUUUUCAAUUUGCUGCAUGAAGGGCAAAUCAAAGGCUUGUGUAAACAAUAGUUAUGCAAUCAAUACAAAACACUUUUUAA